AGCAUUCUCCAAUCAGCUGCAAGCUUGUAUGUAUCACCGCCAAAAUCAGCGCCCGGAAAGUUGGCGCUAACUGAGUGAAAAGCGCUUAAAAAUUAUCCUUUGUUGCAUCAGAGGACGAUUCGAUUAGCAAAAAAUACUCUUAAAGAAGUAUUGCUCAAAUAUAGAGAAGAAAAUUAGAUCGUAAGACAAAUUUAGCGUGUUUGAUUGCCUCGGUUGAGAGCCGCCAUUUUGAAGUGUGCACUCCUGCGUUCCUCGAAAAUUCAUAACAAUCGGAUAGAGAGGACAAUUAAAAUCCUUUUUAAGUAUGGCUACAUCGCAAACUGGUGACAAUGCUGCUCUACAAACCCUAUGGGAUGAUAAUUCGACAGAAAUAAAGACGAUGCACACAGGAAAAUCACCCAUAACAGUAAUACAAAUGAAACCUGUACAAAAUAUGCAGACGACACGAGUUUUACCUGAAACUGGCUUUUCGAAAGUUCAAAUUGUCUCGACUCGUACAUCGGCUUCUAACGUUCGAUCAGUUCCAAUUCGCACUAUUCCAGCGAAUGUGACGAAGAAAGUAAUAACAACCGUUCCCUCCGGUUCAAAUACUUCAGCUUCAUCUGGAAUUCAGAUACAGCACAAACUUUUGACUGCAGUAACCGGCCUUCCUAAUACAUCAGGAGCUAGCCCUAUUACGGUGAAAUCAACAAAAAUUACUCAACCUCAUGAACCUACUCUAGGGUCAUGGGGUCCAAGAGUUCGUAAGAGAAGCAUUGAUACCCCUGCCGUUCCAAUUAUGGAAGAGACUGAGCAUGUAAAGCGAUCAAGGCGUUCGGAAAAGGGUAAUAAGGGUUUACGGCACUUUUCAAUGAAAGUUUGUGAAAAGGUAGAACAGAAGGGGACAACAUCCUACAACGAGGUUGCAGAUGAAUUGGUGGCUGAAUUUGCUCCAGCCAAUACAUUAACCAAUACGGAUCAGAAAAAUAUUCGUCGUAGAGUAUACGACGCUUUAAACGUGUUGAUGGCUAUGAAUAUAAUUGAAAAGCAAAAAAAGGAGAUAAAGUGGCGUGGCUUACCGACCUCUUCAGCUCAAGAAUGUCAAAACUUGCAAAUGGAGAAAUUAAAGCGACAAGAUAGAAUAAGACAUCGUCUGGUUGAGUUCCGUGAAUUAUUGCUGCAGCAAAUUGCAUUCAAAAAUUUGGUUGAAAGAAAUAAAAAAUUCAAGGAGCAACACAGGAAUUUGCCCAAGAAUUCGGUUAUUCAAUUGCCGUUUAUUAUUGUUUCCACUGGCAAAAAAACUUUAAUUGACUGUAAUAUAUCAACCGAUAAACAAGAAUAUCUUUUUUCGUUUGAUCAAUCCUUCCAAAUUCACGACGACAUCGAAGUAUUGAAACGAAUGAGUUUAGCCUUUGGCCUAGAAAAUGGCCAAUGCUCUGCAGCCGAUCUUCAGAAAGCCGUCAGUCUUGUGUCAUCGAACUUAGAACCUUACGUUCGAGCAUUAACGAGACCAAAUGGUUUGGAAGAGACACUAGUUAAUCAGAGCCGUCAGGGAGCCAGUAACCCGUCAAUUCAAACAUUAUCGCAACUUCACUUUACGCCAGUUGAUAGCCCAGAUGGUCUUAGCGACGAUGAAGAGGAGGAAGAUGAUGACGACAGCUCAAGUUCGAAUGAGUUCCAAUUAGGAAAAUUCUGUGUGUAUGACCAAAUAAGUGCCAAAAACUUAACGGCUGGAUUUUUUUGCGAAGAGAUUUGGGAAAUAGAAAAUCUUAUAUCACUAAGGGAUGAAUUAAACAUAGUUAAAUCUUCUUUAAGCGAUUACGACAUUCAAGACUGGCACCAACACACAAACUUGACAAAUCCUGCUGGCGGUGUUGUGAAAUUUGUAAAAGAUUCCUUCGGACCAGAAUUAUGCACUCAGGCCUGGUGUAAAUUUUACGAAAUUCUUAGUUCAAAUGAAGAGUUGACACAUGAAAAAACACGCCUUAGAUCAGUGCAUAUAUGUGAAGCACCAGGAGCGUUUCUAGCAUCAUUAAACCAUAAACUGCGACUUGAGAAUAAUAGAACAAUAGAUUGGCAAUGGGUUGCUACAAGCUUAAAUCCAUAUUACGAAGGGAAUGACUUAAAAAGAAUGAUAGAUGACGACAGAUUUAUUGUCAAAACCCUGGAUCAUUGGUAUUUUGGAAUGGAUAAUACAGGAGAUAUUUCUGAAAUACAAAAUUUAGCUGGACUCAUACAAGAGGCUGAAAGUAAACUACGUCAUGUUAAUUUUAUUACUGCAGAUGGAAGUAUGGAUUGCGCCGACGCUCCAGAUCGACAGGAACUUCUUGUUGCGCAUUUAAUACAAGCCGAAGCUAUUGCUAUUCUAACAAUUCUUAAUAAAGGAGGAUCUGCUGUAUUAAAGGCAUUCACACUUUUCGAAGCACAAUCGAUAUCUCUAAUAUAUUUACUAGUCUGUUGUUUUGAAAAGGUUAAGCUAUUUAAACCUUUCACAAGCAAACCAGGUAAUUCCGAACGUUAUGUGAUUUGUAGUAAUUUCCAAGGUAUUGAUGGUGACCUACUUAAAUACCUAAUGAAGAAAAUGGCUGAAAAGAAGACCUUUAUUAUUCAGAGGGAACGAAUUGAUAAAAACUUUUUGGAUCAACACUUUGAACACUGUAAAUUUUUUACGAACAGUCAAAUUGAAACCAUUGUAGCUAAUAAAGCUAAAUAUAAAAAUAGAAGCGAUUGCUUAAAAUAUAAUUUGAUACAAGAUCAAAAGUUUUAUGCCAAUUUAUGGAUCAAUAGAUUUCAAUUAGGCAGAAUACCUUUUCAUGAUCAUUUGGGACAUAGAUCGAAGUUCACUUAUUUGGUUCAAGUUAGACAAGAACUUUGCGGAAAAAGAAAAUUAAUAGGUUCAUUUAAUCAGCGCGUUUUGUCGAAUGAUAUCCCAUUAAGAGAGCCGUCAAAAAUGUAUACAAUUGAUAAAGAAGAAUUUCAUCUGAUUAGCACUUCUAAAUUGCCAUUAGUAUUGAAAUUAGAAUAUGGAAAAUUGCCGUCAAGUUUAUUAUGUUCAAAAUUUUGCACUCAAUCCUUGUUAGAAGAGUUUAACUCAAUAUUCAAUUUAAAACUAGUAAAAAAGUCCCAAGUUCGAGUAUAUGGUAUAGAGGAAAUUUUGAGAUAUUUAUAUAAUCAAUCGAUCGCUAGAAACUGGGAUCCGAAAAUUGUUUGCUUGCAAGACGAUAAGUCUCCUUUUGUUGAAGAAUCAAAAAGUAUUUUUGAAAAACUGUUACAGUCCAAUCUCGAAAGAAAUGGGAUUAUUCCUAAUCGCAUAUACAUACUUGAUUUAUGUCUAAAAGAUGAUUUUUGCUUGCUCAGUUUUGAUAUUCAAAUAUGGAUUGAAAUUAUUAGAAAUGUUCUAAAUGUUUUACACUCAAUAAGACCGGGAGAUUCUAUUAUUGUAAAUUCAAAGAGUUUACUUAAUCGCUUUAAUGUUGGAGUUGUUUGCCUAUUGACAACAUAUUUUGAAAAGUGGGCUAUAAUAAGUCCUGAUAUGGUUUUGGUAUAUUCGAAUUUAAUCAAGCAACCUACAGAAGCAAGAAAGAUAUUACAUGCUGUCCAAGAAGAAUUAGUACAUAAUAAAUGCGUACUUUCAUUUUUACCCUUAAAAUGUCUAUAUGGUAAGUAA